UGUGACUGUAAAUUUAAUUCAGGAUCAAAAUCACUUCUGGAGUUGUGGGAUCCCCCCCGUUGACCUGAGUCACCUCAUGAAGAGAGGAGACAGAUAAUCCGUCAAAUGCGAGGAGAAUCCUGUUUAUUCUCCAGAUCUGACAUCGACAUAGGCUGUAUAAAUCUCAUUGAAAGACAGUGACCUGGUGGCACGAACAUAUAUCUGUCUGUCCCGAAGCCUUUAUACAAAGAGAUGAAGUUAUAUUUACUUGAUUUGAUUGCAUAUAUGGCUGGGUUGAGAAAUCAAACUUCUCCCAUUCUGCCUAAAAAGAAAAGAUGGCACCUUGCAGACAGAGAACUGAACAAGAAGACUCACUCUGAAAGUCAAUUAAUUUGUAGUAAACUGGCUAAAAACGUGGAUCUCUUGCAUGCCCCUGUGUUCCAGGUACGAGAGAGAGCCGCGGCAGAGAGGAGGCGCCGCUUUACCUCUGCGGACUUCCACCAUCUCAGCGCCAUAAAGGUGCAACGAGCUCUGAGGGCCCACUGGGCUUUGGAGUCGGCCAAAAGACAAAUCCAUUCCGUCAUCGCCAUACAGCGAUGGGUAAGAUCGAGGCAGCAGAGGCGGCGGUAUCUGGAGGACAGGAGGAAGGUGCUCAUCGCCCAGAGAGCGGUGAAGUGCUGGUUAGGUCGCCGCCACAGGGCUGCAUCCAUCAUCCAGCAGGCCGUCCGCAGGCUCCUCCUUCUAAAGCGCCAGGAGAGGGUUCAACAAGGCAUUGUCAAAGCUCAGGCUUUGUGGAGAGGACAUCGCUCCCGCCGACUGAAUGACGAUGCCAAGUUGGUGAAAUUAAGACACCGAUUACGCAAAGUCUCCGCCGGUGUCCGAGAGGAGGACAAACUGUGCAACAAGACGUCGUCUGCACUGGACUACCUCCUUCGAUACAAACACUUCUCCUAUAUUCUCGAGGCCCUGAGAAACCUCGAGACCGCCACCAGACUGUCCCCAGUGUGCUGUGAGCGGCUGGUUGAGAGCGGAGCCACCAACGUCAUCUUCACACUCAUCCGUUGCUGCAACAGGAGCGUCCCUUGCAUAGACGUCAUCACCUACUCCAUCCAGAUCCUCCUCAACCUCUCGAAGGUACCAACCCAUACCUGCUCUGUUUACCUUUUCUCGGCACGAGAGCCCCAUUUAACUUUUUUAAUCACACUACAUAAUGAAAGAAGCAAAGUUAAUAAGGUGCAAUGGAGAGAUGUAAAUUCAUCCAUAACCAUCGAGGCAGUGUAUUCGGUAGAAAGCUUUGUGGAGACGCUGCUGGACCUGCUGCAGAGAUACAGGGAGAAGGCCGGCGAUAAAGUAGCAGAAAAGGGCGGCGGCAUCUUCACCAAGGCCUGCUUCCUUUUCGCUCUCCUCCUUCAAGACGAGCACCGUGCUGGGGAGGUUAUGAAGCGACCCAUGGUAUUGGAGCGAAUACGCAGUAUUUACCGUCUCACUGCUCGCAAACACAAGAUGGACGCCGAAAGGACUGUUAUGAAACAGAAGAUGAACGCAUCGAUGAAUGGAAGCUUCUUAGUCCAAGCAACACCUCGCAAAUCCCGCCCUGUGCCAAAAUUUGCACCGGAUUGGGUCCUCAGAAAAGACAAGCUCAAAGAUAUUGUAGACCCUCUCAGGGCCAUUGAAAUGGUGGCACACACACUCUGCAUUGUGUUGUAAAUGGAUCAGCUUUUAAAUCUUAAUUUUCAUCGUCUUUUUUACUUCAAAAAAACAUUUUGUAUAGUUCAGUUUUCUUUUUUACAUUUCCAUGUUUUUCAUGUAAUAUAAUAAAAUGGAUUUGUUUCUUA